GGGCCGGGGGCGGCGCGGGGCGAACAUGGCGGCGGCCGAGGCGGCGGCGCUGAGGGUGUCGCGGCAGGAGAGGGAGCUGCGCUGGCUGGCGGCCGAGGUUGGGCGGCUGAAGGAGCCGCAGGAGCCGCGCUGCCCCGGCACCGCCAGCCCCGAGCUGCAGCGGCUGCGGGCCGAGAAUGAGAAGCUGCGCUACCGCCUGCUGCACCUGCGCCGCAGCCUGGCGGCCGAGCUGGGCCGGGCGGCGCCGGCCGAGCCCCCGGGCGGCGCGGAGAAAGUCUGCAGUGCAAGUCCAACUGAUGCAGUGAAUCAAAAUAAAGAGGAAAAGAAAAAAGAAAAUAAGGCUGUGAAUCAACAUCAGAAUGAUCUACAGUGUGUGCCAAGCUUCAUAGAAGACAGACUGAAGCUUUACGAAGCACUGAAAAAAGAACAUGAUGCUUUGCUAGCUUACAGAGCAGCCAACCAGAGCCAAUCUAUCAAAAUUACUCUGAAAGAUGGAACGAUGGCUGAAGGGGAAUCUUGGAAAACCACGCCGUAUCAAUUAGCUGUAGGAAUGAGUCAAGCGUUGGCCUCGAAUGCAGUCAUAGCCAAAGUGAAUGGUGAACUGUGGGACCUGGAUCGUCCACUGGAGGGAGAUUGUACUCUAGAGCUGCUGACCUUUGAUGAUGAAGAAGCAAAAGCUGUUUAUUGGCAUUCAAGUGCUCACAUCCUUGGAGAGGCCAUGGAAGGAUAUUUUGGGGGCUGCUUGUGCUAUGGACCACCAAUUGAGAACGGAUUUUAUUAUGACAUGUAUAUUGAAGAUAGAGGUGUGUCUAGCACUGAAUUCCCACUACUAGAGAACCACUGUAAAAAUAUCAUAAAAGAGAAACAGGCUUUUGAAAGGCUGGAAGUCAAAAAGGAGACGCUGCUGGACAUGUUUAAGUAUAACAAGUUUAAGUGUCGUAUCCUUAAUGAGAAGGUGAAGACACCAACUACCACAAUAUACAGAUGUGGUCCACUGAUUGAUCUCUGCAGGGGUCCACACGUCAGACACACUGGAAAAAUUAAGGCCCUUAAAAUAGUUAAGAGUUCCUCUACAUAUUGGGAAGGAAAAUCUGAUAUGGAAACUCUGCAGAGAAUAUAUGGAAUAUCCUUUCCUGAUAACAAAAUGAUGAAGGAAUGGGAAAAAAUACAGGAAGAAGCCAAAAACCGGGAUCAUAGGAAAAUUGGAAAGGAUCAAGAACUCUUCUUCUUUCAUGAUUUGAGUCCUGGAAGCUGCUUUUUCCUCCCCAGAGGUGCCUUUCUUUAUAACACACUCGUGGAUUUCAUACGGGGGGAAUAUCACAGGCGUAAUUUUACUGAAGUUGUGUCUCCAAACAUCUUCAACAGUAAACUCUGGGAAGCUUCAGGACACUGGCAGCACUACAGUGAAAACAUGUUCUCUUUUGAGAUCGAGAAGGAAACUUUUGCCCUUAAACCAAUGAAUUGUCCUGGACAUUGCUUGAUGUUUGCCCAUCGUCCACGAUCCUGGAGGGAAUUGCCUCUUAGACUUGCAGAUUUUGGAGUUCUGCACCGAAAUGAGCUCUCUGGGACUUUAAGUGGCUUGACUCGUGUAAGGCGCUUCCAACAGGAUGAUGCUCACAUCUUUUGCACAAUGGAACAGAUUGAAGAAGAAAUUGAGGGCUGUCUUGAUUUCUUGAAGUCAGUAUAUGCUGUCUUUGGUUUUACUUUUCAACUACAUCUUUCUACAAGACCCGAAAAUUACCUUGGAGAGUUAGAGAUCUGGGAUCAUGCAGAAAAGCAACUUCAAAACAGCUUGAAUAAAUUUGGAGAGCAAUGGCUUUUGAAUCCAGGAGAUGGAGCGUUUUAUGGUCCUAAGAUUGAUAUUAAAAUCAAAGAUGCAAUUGGGAGGUACCAUCAAUGUGCUACCAUCCAACUUGACUUCCAGCUGCCCAUUCGAUUUAAUCUCACUUAUGUUGGUAAGGAUGGCGACGAUAAGAAAAGGCCAGUGAUUAUUCACAGAGCUAUUUUGGGAUCUGUGGAGAGGAUGAUAGCUAUUCUAGCAGAAAAUUAUGGAGGAAAAUGGCCGCUCUGGUUGUCCCCACGGCAGGUCAUGGUGGUGCCCGUGGGACCGACAGCGGAAGAGUAUGCCCAGCAGGUUUGCAACCAAUUUUUUGAAGCUGGAUUUAUGUCAGAUGUGGAUCUUGAUCAAAGUUGCACAUUAAACAAGAAAAUUAGAAAUGCACAGCUGGCUCAGUAUAACUUCAUUUUAGUGGUUGGAGAAAAGGAGAAAGCAAAUAAUGCUGUCAACGUGCGAACAAGAGACAACAAGGUUCAUGGAGAGAUUUCAGUAUCUUCUGCUAUUGAAAAACUCAAGAAACUUAAGAGUUCACAUAUUCCAAAUGCAGAAGAAGAAUUCUGACGUUGCUUUUGGGGAAAAAAAUAAUAUUAGCUGCCCGUGGGAAAUGUUUCUUGUGCACAGCAGUGAUGCUCAUCUGAGAGAAUUUUCAGUUAAUGGAUACACAAAAUAAGCCAGUGUAGCAAUGUUGGUGCUCCAGGAAAAGCAUGAGAGGACAGAUGCACCUGCCAACUCCUUUAGCAAUCACAUGAGUUUCCAAUCUGCCUGAAUCAGAGAAUGCUUGCUCAAAAAGUCCUAUGCCUCUAAUAAGAUAUGUUGGGUUUGCUGUGGAAGUAAAUCAGGGCUGCAUGACCCCCAGGAACAGGAGGCUGGGAAGGGCAGUGGCUGCUGUGGGAAUGCUGAGCUCCCUCACUCACAGGGCAGGUGCACACCUGUGUUACAGAAUGCAGAGCUUGGCGGUCGGUUGGUGCCUGAGGAGCAGUUUGGUUUAGGUUUUUUCUAGCUCCAGAUUGUAAAAAAAAACUUUUGUGGGGGGAAUAGCUUGGUUGUUUCAGAAUCUGUUCACAGACUACAAAUACUUUGGUGUCUUUGGAAGUCUCAGUGAAACAAGGCACUGAUGGAGUCGGUGUGAUAACUGGUUGCUGCAAAGGUGGUUGCCAAGAAUGCAGUUGAAUUACUCCCCAUAUCUGUGUGUCAAGUGUUUUAUUUUUUCCUGUGUUUGCUGUUGAUUUGGCUUUUUCCUAAAACAAAAAAACUUCAAAAAACCUUUCUAUAUGUAAUUUAUUGUUGGAUUUGCUGGGGAUACUGAGAGCACUGAGAAGGAGCAGAGGACAAUUCUAAUAUUAAAACAGCAUGUUGGAAUUUAAA